AUGGAGAUGGCCUCCAGCAAGAAACGCCAGGGAGCGGUCAUGGCUGCGGAUCAAAAGCAGCUGAAUUCGCACACGAAUGGCACGACCAGCGAUGCAGGCACGCAGCUGAUUCCGAGCAACGGGCCGCGUGACAGGCUCAAGCCAGACAAUGCCGAGGGUGACGGCACCAGCGCAGCCAAUCUCCAGCAGGACGCGCUGCAGGAGCACCCGGUGCCGCAGCUGGCAGAGGAGGAGGCACAUUUGCCGACAGCCGAAAUUGAAAGCGCAUUGGCCGAGCUGGCUGAGGCCACACAGAGCGAGGCGUUUUCGAACCGCCAGCGGUUUCCCCUGUCGAUGGCGCAGGCGCUGGAGCAUGACCGCGAGGUCCUAUCAUUGAGCACCUCGGAGAACCGCGUGUUUGCCUGGUCGACUCCCCUGGAUGUGGUUGGAUUCACCACCGGCAUCUACCACCGGCUCUCGAGCAUUCUGCCGUAUAACCGUGCGACAGUGCGCAAGAUUGUCAGCAAGCUGCUGGGCCGUGAUCUGCUUGUCUGGAAGGAGCGCCAGCUGAAGCAGCUAGAGGAAGGUCUGAAGGCGCGUAUCGACGAGCAGAUUGACAAGCGACUUGGGUGGAUUCCAGUAGGUGCCCGUGUGCGGUGGCACUGGACGACGCUGAGCAAGCACAUACUGUUCCAGUACAUGGUUCUGACGCUCAACAUCAACGAGCUGCGCAACAGCCUCGAGAACGGCAGCGGCAAGGAUGGCGGCGGGUACCGUGAGCAGCAGGCGCGGAAAGACGCAUAUGCACAUCUGGUCAGCCUGUGGCCAGGCACAAGCAUGUCGACGUACGAAAUCAGCAGGGCGUACAGUAGCCGCAAGUCGCUGCUGGAAAAGCAGCUGCGCAAGAACGAGCCAUUGCAGCCGGCAUCCAGCAGCACAGCAAGCUGGAGCCGGUGGCCGUGCCUGGUGGCUCAGUCAGCCAGCGAGCAGGCUGCAACGGGUGCUGCCGAGCCGCAGGCGUCGUACAGCGGCCAGCAUUCGGCCAUCUCGCCGGUAGUGCCGCGGCAAGUCCCGGGGCCAAUCGAGUAUAUGUCGCCGCAGCUGCCGCCGACGUCCAUUUAUGUGGACACCACAGUGCCAAUGUCGGUAAGUGGCAGCAUGGACGCAGGCUUGGUGCACGGGUCGCCGUACCAGCAUAGCCAUGGAUCAGUCCAUGACCGAUUCUCGUCGCCGAUCAUGCCUAGCGGAUCGCAGCAGCAGCAGCAAAUGCACUCGCCGCACAUGCAGACGCCGCUGCUCGUUCCAGCAGCUCAUAGGCUGACUCAGCCGACAACAACGUCGCUGGAUGAGCAGGUUCAUAACCGCAUAUCUCCGUACUUUCAGAGCCAUUCUACGCCGCCACAGCCCCCGCCACAGCAGCAGCAUCAACAACAGCAGCAGCCGUAUGCAGCUGCCGGUGAUCCCGAGAACCAGAACGACUCGGUGAGAAACAGCAUGAGUCUUCGCAAUCUCAUGUCGCCGUGA